UCAACACAAUGAUGAUUAUGAUGAUGAUGAUGAUGUGGAGAUGUUUUUGUUAUUGCUGGGCAGGGCUUACACAGAGCCAAGGCCUUUCCUGAUUACUGUGCUGCCAGGCUGGGGAGGCUGGGGGAGCUUGGGAGGAGACACAGGCGGGCGCGGAGGGCUGCGCCAUGGCUGCCACGGUGAAGGAAUGCCUGGAGCUCCAGCUGCUGGAGGUGGAAAUGCUCCUUUCCAUGUUUCCCAAGAGAGGAGAAUUCAGCGUGGAUGCGGAUGCCGUGCCCAGCAUCGAGCGCUACCUGCGGAAUUGCGGCGGAGCGCUGCCCCCGCAGCUGGAAUAUCGCGUCGCGCUCGAUGUCGGCGAGGCCAAGGUAAAGGUGGAGUUGCAGGUUCUCCUUCCUCAUAUGUACCCUCAGGUGGCUCCUCAGCUUUUUGCCAGAUCAGAUGCUCUGCACAGACAGCAGCAGUUGCAGCUCAAUACUCGUCUCACGUCUCACAUCAGCUCUCUGGAUCCAGGAGAUCUGUGUGUGUGUGAGGCUGUGCAGUGGGUGAAGGACAACACCCUGCCCUUCUUGGAAAGCUGUCAGGCCUCGUCUGAGUGUGCUGCUGAAGCAGUCAGGGCUAAGGAAAUGCUGCAUCGCAUGUGGAUCUACAGCCAUCACAUAUACAGGCAGGAACUGAGGAAGAAGAUUUUUGACUGUGCAAAGAAGUUAAAUCUGACUGGCUUCUGCCUCACUGGCAAACCUGGUGUCAUCUGUGUGGAGGGACUCCAGGAAAACUGUGAAGAGUUCUGGCGUGUUGUUAGGUAUCCCAACUGGAAGCACAUUUCAUGCAAGCAUGUGGAGAAUAUAGAAACGGAGGGAAGCAUUGAUAAUCUUCGUCUCUUUCACAGUUUUGAAGACCUGCAGUUUCAGGCACAUGGUGAUUAUGGCCUGAGGAAUGACUAUCACAUGGAUCUUGGCCAGUUUCUAGAAUUCCUGAAACAGCAUCAAAGUGGACACAUUUUUCAGAUUUUAUUUGGUGUUGAAGGCAACCUUUCAGACAAUUGAGAGAAACUGUUUAUGAAGAGUUCUAAUUCUGGAGAGCAAGAGGUGUUGCUAACACUGAAAUAUUUUGCCUUACAGCUACUGUGAAAAAGGAAACUUUUAACAUCUGAGAUGAAUGGUUCAAGUAGUUCAUCUCAGCUUUUGUGCUGAAGUGCCACAUAUUUUUGAGACGUGUUCACUGAUUUUCUAAGACUCUAAAACUGGCAUUUGUCUCUGUGAGCCAUGCCUGAUAAAUAUUCCACUGUGUGUUGGGAAUUAUACACUUCUGUCUGCUCGUCUGUACUGUACUGGGUGAAUUUCUUCCCAUCUUAUCUGAACCCACUCUCUUUCAGUUUAAAACAUUCUCCCCUGUCUAGUCACUACAUGCACUUGUAAAAAAGUCCCUUUCUCUUUUUUGUAGGCUCCCUUCAGGUACUAGAAGGUGCUGUAAGGGCUUGCCAAAGCUUUCUGUCCUCCAGGCUGAACAAUCCCAAUUCUCUCAGCCAGUUGUCACAGGAGAGAGAUGCUCCAGCCCUCCGAUCAUUUUUUGUGCCCAUCCUCCUCUGGACUUGCUCCAGCAGGUCUGUGUUCCUUUUACGUUCACGUCCCAGAGCUGGAUGCAAUGAUUUGUUUGGGGUCUCACAAAAGUGGAGUGGAGGGUGAGAAUCACCUCCCUCAGCUGCUGGUCACGCUGCUUUUGAUGCAACCUAGGAUUCAGUUGGCUUCCUUGGCUUCAGGUGCACAUCACUGGCUCACGUUGAGUUUUGUGUCUACCAGUACCAAGUUCCUCUCCUCAGGGCUGCUCUCAAUCCAUUCUCCACGCAGUUUGUUUGUGCCUGGGACUGCCCUGAGCCACGGGCAGGAUCUUGCACUCAGCCUUGUACACAGACCCACCUGUCCAGGUCCCUCUGGAUAACAUCCCCUUCCCUCCAGUGUGCUCCACGCAGCUUGGUGCCAUCAGCAAACCUGCUGGGGGUGCAGCUGGUGCCACUGUCCCUGUCACUGACAGCAAUGUUAAUGCCAGCCCCUGAGGAAGGCCAGUCCUACUGGUCUCCACUUGGACAUCAUCCAUUGACUGCAACUCUGCAACCAACCAUCCUUAGCCACCAAGUGGUUCAUCCAUCAAAUCCAUGUCUCUUCAGUUAAGGAUGUCACGAGACAAAGUGUGUCUGGUUAUGUUAAUAACAAUUUUUCAUCUGUUCAAUUCAUGGCAUUUUAUGUUUACACUGUUACGCCAAACACCUUGGAAAUGAAAAUGGGUCAGAUGAGACAAAGUUUAGUUUUCCCCCUUACAUUACAUAAGGAAAUAUAUGUAAAACACAGAAAAUAGGAAAAAGCCCCUAUAUGUGUAAAAAAAUAUAUUUAAUAUUACGUAAAAACACAAAUAACUUGAAGAAUCCUUUCUUAUGUAAAAUUAGUAUGGAGAGAAUUUUCCAGCAGCUUGUGAGGGGCAAUGCUGUUAAUGGUUCAUUAGGCAGUGUUUUCCUGCAGGGAAGCAUGCUGAGAGUGGAUGUGGAGGGUGAGUGUCCCGUUUGUAAUGCAUGAUCAUAUUUAUAAUAAUAUAUAUAAAUAUAAUAUGUUGAAGAACACUACUGAAAAGUCCCCUGGAAGGGCCACCAGCCCACCACCUCCCACUCUGUGCCCGAGUGCCUUCAUGUGCAAAGGGGUACCAAGCAAUAAGAGCAGACUCACUGCUGAGCUGCACCACUCCAACAGCCAGGCACUCAGCAGCAGCUGUUCAAAGACUGUGUUUCAGCACACUUAGCUGAUGACAACAUAAAUAACAGAUAUUAUUUUAUUUCAAAUUAAAUACAAGGAAGUGUUUUAAUACCCUUCUCACAACAGCAAUACAUUGAAACGUAGAGGAUGGCAUUGAAAUGCAGAGCGUUUCUGGUUGCUCAGAAUAUGAUUAAUGUCUUUUCCUUCACUGUGGUAGGUUGUGGUAGCUUGUACUGUUUGUGUGAUCAUAACUUCUGCCAAAAGCACAGUGAGGCAAAGAUGUUGACACAUUCCCAUUAGGCAGUGAGGGAGAAAGUGCCUCUCUUUCUGAAUUUGGGACCUGUAAACUGCAGCUGUGACAGAGCUGAGGGGCUAGAUAAAUAAAAUUAGUAUUUGGUUUUCUAGAGAUAAUCUCUCUUGUAAAGAUUAGAGAGAAACAGAAAUGUUCAAGUAUCCUUUUUUUCCCAGAGCCAUCCAGAAAAUAUAGUACAUUUUUCUUGGAGUGGUAAUUGUUUAACAACUAAUAAUUCCUCAAAGUCUAUUCCUGGCAUUUUGAUACUCCCUUUUUGUCAAGAACGUGGAGUUCAAAAAGUUAGGCCAAACAUUUGCAAUGAUCAGAACAGUGGUUAUCUUGGUGGGGGAAUUAAAUCCUUGAUCUUAUACAGGACAUUACCUUAGCUAACAUUAAAUGUUAGUAUUGUUAAAUGUUAUUCUUAGCAAUGGUAAAAUGUUCUGAUUAGAUGUGAACAAAAGGUUCUGCAGAUUUGGUUCUUGUAGAAAAUUUUCAUUUCAUAACUCCACACAAGAGUGACCAGUAAGUAUUUUCUCUGGAAUAAAAAAUUCUAACCUUAUGGUUGUUUAAA